AGACGGUAUACUAAUCAUAUAUUCGUCAAACAAUGUAAGCUUACUAUAUGUAUAAUAAUCUUUAAUAUUUAUAUAUUUGAAUGUUUAGAUGAUUAUGAUGCGGCUGAAGCGUUCAUGAAUAAUUAUAUUGAACAAGUCACUUCAUCAGAUAAUGCAGUAUAUAAAAAAAAAGAAAUAAAUGAACAAAAUAAUUUGGUUGGCUCUAAACAGAAUGAAACAGAAAACAGUGAUUCGGACACUACGUCAAUUAGAAAACGUAAAAAAAAACAAAAAACCCCCAAGAUGUCAUCUAAAAAACGAAAGAAAAUGAGAAAAAGUCCGAGUCCGUCUUCAAAUACGUCUUCUAAUACAGAAGAUUCUACAGAAGAUUCUACAGAAGAUUUUACAGAGAAUUCUUCAACAAAUGAUGAAAAUGUAAACAAAAAUAAUAAUUUAGAUACUGAAAAAAUAAAGAAAAGAAAAAAGACUAUUUUUAAGAAGAAAGACAAGAACAAUACAGAUUCUUUACUGCAAAGAACAAUUAGUAAUCCGCUUCAAAAUCAAGUAACAAGUGUACAAUCUUUAUUGCAAUCAGUUGCCCCUGUUAUUGAACCUAUUCAUUCUGUCAGUGGAAUAAAUAAACAAUCAUUUGGAGAACUUGAAAAUCAAAAUAUUGAACAGACUUCCCCUAAUACCAUGGAAACAGAUAAAACAGAUCAGCAGCAUAAAUCUAUUACGGAGACGUCUAGUUCUUGUUCUAUUACCAAGAUUUCUCGCAUAAGAAAUUUUGUACAAUUGCCUGAAACUGAAUUUCAGCGUGUUGUUCUAUCAUACUUACAAAGCAUAGAAAUUACAUAUGAGCAAGUUCUGUCAAAAAUUAAUGCACUUCAGCGACAACAGAAUAUGAAUUCAGGAAUGGCAACAUGGGCAAAACCUGAAGGACUUCCUGAACUUCCUCUUUCUACUGUGGAACAAUUUGAGGAAAUGGAGAAAUUAUUAGCAGUUGAAGAAAACUUCAAUUAUUAUCGUACAAGAUUAGCCUCAAUCGGUGGUGAAAAUCAACGUUGUUGUGUGAUAAGCAUGUUAAGAUUUCUAUUAACUAACAAAUUAGCGACACAUUUUAAUUGGGCUGGACGAAAAAAUAAGAUAGGUUUUAAAGGAAAAAAGCUCAUGGACGUUAUAUAUGGAAGUGCUAGACUCGCCUUCAAUGAGAUAAGUGGACCAAAUAUAGGAGAUAAAACUAUUGAAAACGCAGUAAAAGACUGGUUAAAAUUAGCAAAUAAUCGUUUAAGCUAUUCUAGUACCAAAAAAACUAAUUAAUUACUUUUAUAUCGUGAUAUAUAAUAAUUCACUUCAGUAUGUAUUUUUUUCUUAAUUAUUUUAUAGAAAAUUAAUGUACCAUUCUUUAUAAUCAAGGUAUACUAACAUAUUUUAUGUAAAACAUUUAAUAAUCGGUUACACUAUUCUAUUAUUCAGAAACUAUUAUAAGUUUAGCAUUGAAAAAUAAUUAUUCUUUUAAUUUACUUUGUAACGUAUUUUUUAUUUUAUAAUUCAUUU